AUGUCUGGUGCGGAGCUUGCUUUGGCCAUUGUGCCACUCGUUAUCGUACUGGUUGAACAUCACCGCACCGUCUUGAGAAAGGGCAAGGCUUUGACUUUGUCCAGAAUCAGCAAUGACCAACAACUAGACUUUUACCAAGACCUGCAUGGAGAGCUGACUCUCCUCAACAUGAUCUUGGAAAAAGUACAUAUCAAGUCCGCCAGGGUGAGGCUCAGCGGAGCACAGCCAGAGAUCACUCAGGCGGAAUCAAUCGAGAUCGCACUUGGACACAGCGCAAAAGACUUUCAGACCAUCUUGGAUCGGGUACUGAAGAGCAUCAACGAUCUGGUGCGAGAAAAGUCAAAUGCGCUGACAGAGGACGAUAUCGAAACCCAGCGUACUAUGCUCCAAAGGCUCCACCGCCUCGAGGAAAGAAUCGAAACCGGCAAAGCAUCGAAAUCGGCCCGUGAAAAGUUUCGAUUUACCCGGAACGAGAAGACUCGUAAUGUGGCGAUGAAACGCAUACAAGACGGUGUGUGGAAGCUGGAGCGUUUGUUGGGUUCUUCAACAGAGAUCUUCGACCAUCAAAGUCGUGCAGCGCGGCGAAGGACUCCCGCGAACAGAAUGAAGAGACACCCUGAGGAACUAUUCAGAAAACUGGCGAGUAAAUGGCCUUGCUCCUGCAACGCUCGGCAUCUUGCAAAAUUGUGCUUAUGGAAUUGUUGUUGUGCGAGCGACAACAGCAAUGGCUCCGAUGAUAGUCUCGGCAUCAUCGUAUCUGUGCCUGUCGAUGGGCAAAAUUCACCUCACUGGACUGAAACCACUAUCCACGUUACUGAUAGCCAAGAAGAUCAAAUCAGUGAGAACAAUCGUGGUGAACCCCAUGUUCGAUUCGCAGGCGGCCACGCGCCGCCCACUUCCCAUUCAGCACUGCCUGGUCGCAACAUCGAAUCUGAGUCGUUGUGCGACCUCCUAGAAAAAGCAAAGAACCCGAAUAUAAGCCUUCAAAUCUUGUUUCAGAAUGGCAUACUCUGGCAACAAAAGGCCAAGCGUUCGCGCCUACAGAUUCGCCAUCAGUUGGAUGCAUCUCUGAGAAGUUUGCUCGAAAGUGACCAACGCUGGAAACACUGCGAUCUUCGUGACAAGUCGAUAUUGGCCGUGACUCUAGCGCAUGCGGUGAUGCACCGCUCCAAAGGUCCUUGGCUGCAUGCGGACUUAAACAAGGACGAGAUCUUUUUCUUCCGGAAGAACAAUGGUCAGCAUCCUGAUGUUAGUCGGCCGUUCCUUGCGAUGGACUUUACAAGGCUAGAGACAGGACCCGAUGAAGAGGAUGAUCUGUUCUCAAUCCAUUCAAAUCCUACUCUGUUGUCUCUGGGUGUUCUACUACUCGAGAUCACUAAUGGAACUUUGAUAGAGAAUCAUUGGGAUACAGAAGACCUGACAGAUGGCUCGACACAGAAUGAUAGUACCAACUUGACAGCAGCCCUUCGUCUGCUGAGGAAGUCCGACGGUAAAGUGGUGAUCGGGUUGCAGAAGGCGAUUCCUACAAUGACAGGCUCCACAACUGGCCCUGCCGCCGAUUCUCAAGUUGCUGCCCGUUCGACCCACACGCUCGCCCCUAAAGAACCGAAACGACAACCAUGGCGCGAGAUCUGGCCUGCGCCUCGCGAGCCUCAACAGCAGGCACAAAUAUAUGGCUUUGCCAAAGGGGAAAUAAUGGUGUUUGAUGGCAACGCCGGCAAUUUUUUCGCUAGAGAUGGCUGGAGCGUGGAACAAGAGAGCGAGACACAACCAGAAUAA